GCUGCCUUAUAUUAUUGCAGUCCGGUCGUCGUGGGAUACACAAAUGGCGUGGGGCAUCAUCCUGCCUCUAGCAGUUAGCAGUACCGUAAUAGUAGUACAUAACAGCACUGCAGCCUCAUAACAGCGCUCCUCGAUGUCGCCACCGUGAGAAGCAACACGAUAAAAUCUUGCCACCCACUAAUCUUUCGACAAAUCUGUUCACGUUUCCUAUCAUAAACACACGUUCAUCUCGCACUAGCCGCUUUCGAAAGGAAGCUUUUUGAGCUCUGCAGCCGCAUUUGCGCCAACACUUCCCUCGCGCAGUUGCCCGAGUCGCGCACUUAAUGGCACGGUGAGGAGAGUCGGGAAGGAGUCUGCGCUGUAGAACGUGAGCGUGCCACCGCGGGGGCCGUGACGUCACUCCUCGGAGCACGCAUGUUAUCUCCAGCUGGGUGAGACGCACGGGGUAAUGUUUGUUAGGGGGGAAAGAGAAAGGACGAGGAGACGAAGGUUUCGAGAAACGACGUCCAGUUUUCUUCCCCGUCUUUGCAGGAUUAGGAAAAAAGGGAAUAUCCUGACGAGCAGCUGCAUAAAAGUCCCCCACAGGCUUGUUGUGUUUGCUGCUUCUGGAAUGAAGUGAACCGGAUGCGGCGCUCUUCCAUGCAAUUAUGUGGCAAAACAAGGAGUAGUUCAAAGAGAUUAAUCUUACAUUCACUUAGUCGCAGUGAGGAUGCGAGAUGCUUCUGGCUGUUCGUCCUCUUAGAGGUUUGCAGUAGAAAGCAUGAUGACUAAGCAAACUGGCGGCACAAGCUAAACAGCUUGACUCCCCCCAAAGGUCACGGCAUUUCUGUCAUGGCUGCUACUGAGAGUCAGGCUCUAAUGGUGCUCAAGGAAGAGGGAGCAGCUACCCCUGUAACCACACCCACCUCCGCUGCCACACCCCUGGCCUUCUUCGUUAUCCUCAAACCGGGGCACGCUAGCGAAGGAGGGCAGGACCAGGGCAUCCUGGUGACCAACCAGGAAGCCAACAUGGCAACGACAUCUACCCAGGCCACGCCAGCGGCAGGUCAAUCUGCUUGUGCUCCCAGCCUACAGUCGGACAUAUGUUCCACCAUGGCUGAUCCACAUCCGGAGAACCUGCCACCGGAAACUGUCUGUAAGGGUGUAAGGGUCACUCUGGACAACAACAACAUGUGGAAUGAGUUCUAUCGCUGUAGGACAGAGAUGAUCCUCACAAAGCAGGGCCGCCGAAUGUUUCCCUACUGUCGAUUUCGAAUUUCUGGCAUGGAACCCUUCCAGAGGUACAUCCUGGUGAUGGACAUCACCCCCAUGGACAACCACCGCUACAAGUGGAAUGGGCGGCAGUGGGAAACCAAUGGCAAGGCUGAGCCUCAUGUGUUGGGUCGCGUGUUCAUUCACCCAGACUCCCCCUCCUCCGGCCACUAUUGGAUGCAGAACCCCGUGUCCUUUUACAAGCUGAAGUUGACCAAUAACACGCUGGACCAGGAGGGCCACGUCAUCUUGCACUCCAUGCAUCGUUACCUGCCCCGGCUGCAUGUGGUGCCCGCUGACAAAGCCACAGAAGUCAUCCGGUUGAAUGGUCCCAACGUAUUGACCUUCACUUUUCCCCAGACUGAGUUCUUUGCUGUAACAGCCUAUCAAAACCUGCGUAUCACUCAGCUGAAGAUAGACUACAACCCGUUUGCCAAAGGCUUUCGUGACGAAGGGUCAUGUAGCCGGCCAAAGCCUGACUCUUCUGAAAUGUGUUUGGAGCUCUAUAGGCCCACGUUUGGCAGUGAAGAACAGCAGACUAUCAAGGUGAACCAGCAGCACUUGGACAAUAGUGAUGCCUAUGAUUCUUUUGUCAUGGAUAAGGAGCUAUUCCCUUCAACGGAGUUUGGCACUGAGAUGCUUGAUAAUGGCAUAUCUCCACCUAAAGCAGCAUUUGCAGACAAAGACCACAGCCGGAGAAAACGUGCUCGGGUCGCUGAGGCCGUGCGGGCGGUGAGGCCAAAGCUGAGGAGGGGUGUCCCGGAGAAGAAGGAUAGAAAUGGCACUUCAGAGCAACCUGAGAGUGCCGGGAUCAUUGUUAAAGAGGAGGAGGAGGAAGUGGAAGUUUUUAGUGACAAUGCAGUUCCUCGAAAGUCAAAGUUGGACAGUUCUGCUGAACAGACUGACGUACAGGCGGAGGGACCAGGAAACUGCAGGCCUGUGGUGGCUGAAGAGGUCUCUGUUCAGAGUACCGACACUUCCGCUCGGGAUUCCACCCUGUCCUUGGGCUCUACGAAGGGCGCUUCAGAGACUGGCACCUCUGGCAGAUCCGGCCAGAAGAGUGUGCUGCCUGCUAAUCUGCAUGAAAUCAUUCCUUUACCACAGCUCGCCCAGUUCCUCAGGGGGCGGAAUUUGAUAGCAAGAUCCAAACCCAAAAAGACAGACAUUUCCCCCUCGACAGUGACUCCUACGCUACUGCCUCGUGUCUCACCUCCUUUGCCACCGGACUCAGAACCUAUGCCAAAUGUGGCUAACCCUUCCGCUCCCGUCCCUGAGUCAUCGGAGGAGCCUGGAGACUCUCAGGAGAAUCUGGAGACAGCAUCCAUUCCAUCGACCUCCGAACCCUUGGGCGAGGUCCAGGCUGACUCUCAGUCAUCACUGGUGAAGAAGAAGCGGAAAUUUGGAGCGAGGUACCGAAGGCACGGCAAGUUUGUCAGGCGACCAGAGGUGGGGAGUGGUCCCACAGAUGUCAACAUGCAGCCAAACCUGGAGGAUGUGGAGGGCCUGCUGUUCGUGUCAUUCACUUCCAAGGAAGCAUUAGAUAUUCAUCUUGGGGACCACUCCGUGAAUAGAGAGGCUCCACCACAUCCUCCAAAAGGCCAGGAAUCUCCAGCAGAUUACGAGUCUGAAACUAUACAAGAGAAGAUUACCCGUCUCGAACCGGCACUGCUGCUUGAUCUGAAGCGCAUGAAACACAGACAGGUGAUCCACCCUGUCCUGCAGGAAGUUGGGCUGAAGUUGAACUUGCUGGACCAAACUCUGCCUAUCGACCUGCAGUAUUUAGGUGUGUGCUUGCCUUUGCCACCUCCCUUCUGUCCUCAGGAAGAUGGGGUCUCUGCUUUGCCCACCUCUUCUCCAGAUGGAUUGUUCCCUUUUGUGUCCAGGACUGGGAAAACAACAGAUUAUACAAAGAUCAAAGGUUGGAGGGACAAGUUUAGCAUCACCCCCGAAGUGUCGUCUUCCAAGCCUGAAGGUGUCGUGGGGUCAGACUCAGCCCUAAAGAAUCGUUCGGCCUUCUGCAGCGACAUGCUGGAUGAGUACCUGGCGAAUGAGGGCAAGCUGAUAGACGAGCGGGCUGCCAACUUUUCUCAGAGUGCAGAAUCUCCUGUAGUCUACCAGUUGCCUACCAAGAGCACCAGCUAUGUUCGCACCCUGGACAGUGUGCUAAAGAAGCAGAUCCCCAGGCCGGUGGCUUCUAGGUUCCCAUUCAAGUCCGUUACCGCACCCAAGAAUCCCAGGAUGUCUCAGAGAGCCAGAACACCAGCAAGGCACAAAUAUUCCUCUAGUGAGAGCAAAUCAAAGGCCACGGCUGUGUCUGGUUCACAGACCAGUACAAUGACCUCUCCCAGUAAUGUGAAUCAGGCCAUCUCCACUUCGAGUCGCACAAAAUCCAUGAAGGCCAAAGUGGGAAAGAGUGCACGGUCUUCUGCGGGAAAGCCAGCACCCGAAGCAGCCCAUCUCGCGGCCCCCCCCAUGGCCCAGUCCAAGGCCAGCCCUGGCGCCCUCCCUGACAAAGUGAACGUAUUGCAGGACUCCAACCUUGUCAACCAGGGCUCCCCUGGCCUGACUGGGCGCAGCCCUGGCCUCUCCAAGAUGCUGCUCAAAUUGAUGGACUUGGAGGACGGGGCCGUGUGGGAGGGAAAGGAACGCACCUGCGUUACGGAAGACAGGGCGGCCAUCGCUCUGGCUGCACUUCUCACGGCUCAGGGCACUUUGAAGGGAAGUAAAGCAGCCAACAGGGUGAUCAAGCGGCGAGCUCCGCCCUGCCUCAUUGACUUUUGCCGCCUGGGCUGCGUGUGUAGCAGUCUGGCACAAGAGCACCGGCGCUUCACCCACUGCGGCAAGCCUGAAUGCAUGUUUGGCUGUACCUGCCUAAAGCGCCGCGUCGUAUUGGUCAAGGCACCACCGUCGCCAACCAAGAACACACAGGAUCAAAGUGACCUCAUCUUCUACGAUGCACUUGAGGAGGACGUACACUCCAAGCCCAAGAAGAAGAAGAAAAAGAGGAUGGCAUACACUAUAUCCGAGCCUGAGCAGGAGUCGGAGCCGGCGGCUCGCGUGCAGACCCUGUGGAACCCGAAGGUGGUGGAGAUUGAUCCAGAGCCCCUGUAUGCACCAACGCCAGUCUCCUUCCCUUGGUCCCAGGUAGUGAUUCGCCAAGAGUCACCUAGCAACCUUGUAUCCAAAGAGGUGCCGGAAGAGGAGAAAGAUCCGGUGUACCGCUACUUUGAGAGCAUGAUGACAUGUGCUCGUGUUCGCCCAUUCAGUAAAACCGAAGCCCAGGCAGCUGCUGUGCUAUGGAAGUUCAAGGAAGAUGAUUCCAAAAACACUAUCUCGAUCCGCAAACCUGGUAAGAACCAGAAGCCAGGUGAGACCCAGCAGGCUACACUCCAGUCAGAACCUGUGAAACGCUUGGAGAUUGUGUCCGAAUGCCCCUGGGAGAAAAAGACAGACAGGAAUCAUGUCCUUCGGGUCAUUUGCGAGUGCAUGGCCCAGAACCGGCUGUCCCACGCCUUCCACGUUGGUCCCUACCUCGUUAAGCCAGUCUCCCAGAGCUCCCUGGGCCAGGACAGCACAGUCACCUACAAGGUGUCCAUAUCCCUGCUCAAAGAUGGUGGAGGGGGGGUUCAAGAUGAGGACUGUUACACCGAACUGAGCAGCAGGACCAAAAGUAAAGAGAGGUGCAGAGGGGAGGGUGAGGAGCGGACCAGUGCAUCCAGAAACAAAGUUCUGCCUUUCCUUACACGUGUCUCUCCUGCUGGUCUCCUCAUUGCCAACAAGAAGCAGCCAGGGGUUUCUACCCAAGGGCAUAUCAAGGUCAACGGUAAAUCAUACCCACAGGCCAAGCUACAGCUUGGUCAGAUGGGAGCACUACAUCCAGCAAACAGGCUGGCUGCUUACAUCACCGGCAGGCUGCGGCCUAUAGACCACCAGCCGUCCGGCACGGCCUUAGGCACCGCUAAGUCUCCUAACCACCUGCCUCUGGGUGGCUCCAUGGACGCCGGUUAUACACUACAACUGCCACGCUUGCCAGUAAACAGCCUGUGCACCACCACCAGCACCACUACGACGACCACCACCACAGUCACCGGCAUCGGCUCUAGUCCCACUGUCGCUGCAGUCCUCAAGAACCUGGGUAAGUGCUGACCAGAGUCUGCAUUGGCAGAUCACUGAAUACCUCUCAGACUGUAUCUGUUCAAUUAAAAUGCACUUUUAUUAAUAAAAAUCUGUCUGUGGUGAAACGGGAAUGCUUUUAUGAAUCUCCGGUUCCGCUACCAUACAUAUUUCUAUUUUUAUAUACAGUACCAACAUAAGUUUGAGUACAUCUGCUUGAAACCACAAUUAUUUAUAUCAUAAACCUGUAUGUACUUGUUUAAUAACCAAAGUAAAAGUCUUUUAUGAACUAAUGAGGCAGUAUUUCAAGUAUUUGGAUGGGUGGGUGGAUGGAUGGAUGGGUGGAGACACCAUAUAUUUGUAAGAUACGGAAAGGAUAAGUGUUACAGGUGUGGCAAAAAUGGCAUAUAUGGUAUUUCAUGAUCCACGUUAUAGAGCAGUUUUUUUUUUUUUAAACAAACCAACCGAAUUAGAAUCUUUCCUGAUGUUAAUUAACCAUUAACACUUAACCAGCAAUUCUGUCCCUAAGGAAACACUGCUUGUAUCAUGUAACAAGGUAAAAAGUGAGUAACGAGAAACAAGGUAACAAGGACCAAAAUGUAACAUUUUCACUUCAUUAUGUAAUGGCACCUAUAUUUUGAAAUAUCCUGCUGCAUUUUGCAAUUGACAGCUUGAACGCAAUAAUAUAAUUUCCCCACGUUUCGUAAAAAGUGAUUACAUAUUGCGAUAGUUAUUCCAAAAUGCAGGAGUUGUACUUUCGAAAAUGUAAUAAGUCGUGUAUCAUGUAAUAAGCAACAUGGAUGCCUUCACACUUCAGCGAGUUAUUAUAUAGUGCAGUGUUAUUACAUAAGGGGUAGCCAUUACCGCAUGACACUGGUACAAUAUUUUUAGCAGUCUACUGGUAUUUAUUAUUAUGUCUUUUAUUUUUAUGUUAACAAUAUUAUUGUUAUAAAUAAAUAUACAUAUGUUAUGCAGCCUGAAAUAGCUUUGUUUCACAUCAGUCUGUUUUUUGUUGUACCAUCUAAACAUGCAGGCAUUGUGUGGAAGGCGUUGUCAUAACAACAGAAAAAGAAAGCGUAGUGUACUUGAAACUAGGCAUUCAUUGGAAGCUCAGCUACCUCCACAAUCCUCAGCAGCGCAUGUUUGUA